UUUUUUUUUUCAUUUUUAUUUUAAACUUACUGGUCAUCAUUCUCCACAUUAAAGAGCUCACUCUGCUCUUUGUGUUACAGCAAACCUUUCAUUCUCCUUUUUUUUUUCCUUCUUCGUUGGAUUGAAUCAUACAUAGCGAGCGAUGGCGAAUCCACGAUGGAAAUUGCAGAGAGACGGACAUGAUUCCACGAUUUGGGCUAUCAAAAUCUCAUUUUGGUUCCUCAGCAUCCUCUCUUUCGGCGGCGCCGCCAGAGCCGCCGUCCCUGCCACCGCAGGUGCCCUGUACUCCGCCCUCCCCGGCCUCUGGGCGUCCCUCCGCUACUUGCUCCAGCCACCGUGCCUCUUCAUCGCUGUCCAUUUCAUGAUCCUCGUCAUCUGGAAGCUCUCCAACCAGAAGCAGCAGCGCGAGCAAUGGUCCGCGGAGGAGCCCGGAGGCGAUCCUAAAAAGAUCAAACCUUUCGACUGUUCCCAUUCUUACGAGCUCAUCCGGAAUCCAUCUCCGGUAAUCUGUUUCCACGAGAUCCCUCUCUCUCCAUCGACGGAGGCGAUUUCGUCUCCUGACCCCGCGGAAUCCACCUCCUCGUCCGACAUUUCUUGCCUGACGACGGAUUCCGUCGAAAGGUCCACCGCCUCGUCGGCGUUCGCGGUGAAGAAAACCGCGGAGCCAGAUUUCGAGAAAUGCAUUACGGAGGAGGAAGACGAAGAGUUGGCGGCGGCGCUGGCGACGGCAGGAAUAGAAAACAUCUCGAUGGAGAUGACUUGGAAGGCGAUAAUGCAGAAAUCAUCUCUAGCAUCUCCCUCGCCGCCGCCGCCGCCGCCGCCGUCUUCUUCGCUAGGUCAGGACGAUUUAACCCAGCGAUUCGACGAUUUCAUCAAGAAAAACUACGAGCAGAUCCGACUCAGGCUGUAAUUCGACAGUGCGAGCACUAAUCUCUGAUGCUAAAAAUCCGUUUUUUAAGGUGCUUCUUCAAAUGCUGGCCCUCCCUUUUGAUUUGGUGUUGAUGAUAAGGCUCGCUUCUGAUAGUGCUUUACAGUUCACGUGGAUACAGUCUUUGUAUAUUUAUUUGUUCACUGUUUGUCAACAAGAACAUCAUAUCAUAUAUUUAUUUAUUAAGGUCUA